CGUUAUUUGAGGGGGAUCAGGACCAGGACCCUCUCACCACUUUAACUAAUCCGCAGUUUGAGCGAACAGCGGAGAAAAAACAUUUUCUACGCGGGUGACGACGGGAAAUUACAGCCAAGAGUUUUUUUUUUUCAGUGACGGAAUGUUGGAGCUAUGUCCUUUAGCUCUCGACUCGCUAAAGUCAGCUACAGGAUCAGAGCCACCCAGCCUUCUGUCCAGGUGGAGUCACUCAGUGAGAUGCAGCAAAAGUUGAAGGAGGAGCGUGAAGCUAAGCGUGCCCAGCUGGAUGGAAGGCAUGACUACAUCCUCAGUAUUGUGGCUUCAUGUCUGGGACUGGAGAAAGCUGAUGUGGAAGAUUCCAUACUGGAGGGGAAUCAGAUUGAGCGCAUGCAGCAAUUCUUUGUGGUUGAUGGUCUUCCACACCUCAUGUUCUACUAUCAGGACGCCCCGCCAGUCGAAGCAGCAACAGCAGCAGCUCCUGCACCCCCCCAGCUUGUUGCCCAGCAGCCUGGUAGCAGCAAGAAAUGUAAAGUGUUUGUGACGGACGGGAGGGAUGUGGCGCUGACGGGGUUGUGUGUCUUCUUCACCAGAGACAACACUUCUAAGGCAAUCACCUCUGAGAACAUACACAGAGAUGUCAAUUUCAGUAUGUUGGACUCAAAAGAAGGGGGCCCGUUGAAAAGUGUGGAGCAGUUGCUCUCCAACAUCAUCGUUCCCACCCUGAAGAAUAUGAGCCAUGGCUGGGGGGAACUGGCCAGCACCCAGGGCCAGGGAGUCAAACAGGAGUUCAUAGGAUCACUGGAAAACUUCGUGUCGGUUUUGGCUGGGGCACAGGAGAGUCUGCAGGAAAAGGUUACCUUGAAAGAUUGCGACACCGUUGACCUGCGGGUGCUGAAGACCCCAGCAGACUACCUAGCAGCAGCGAACAGCACAGAGAUCACAGACAAGAUAGAGGCCUGCAUGACAGUCUGGAUCAAACAGAUAGAAACGGUUCUGGCUAAGAGUGAGCAGCUGAGAAAGGAGGCUGAUGACCUUGGCCCUCGGGCUGAGCUCAACCAAUGGAAGAAACGAACGUCCCGCUUCAACUGCCUUGUGGCCCAACUGAAGAGCGCUGACAUCAGAGCUGCCAAGGGUGUCCUCCUGAUCUCCAAAUCCAAGCUUAUAGAGCCAUGGCGGGAGUUGGACACCAGAAUCACUGAUGCAGCCAAUGAGGCCAAAGAUAAUGUGAAAUACCUAUACAGCUUGGAGAAGUUUUGUGACCCUCUUUACAACAGUGACCCUGUAUCGAUGGUGGUUGCAAUCCCAGGUCUGAUCAAUGCCAUCAGGAUGCUUCAUAGCAUUUCUCACUACUACAACACAUCAGAGAAGGUUUCCUCCCUUUUUGUCAAGGUGACAAACCAGAUGAUCACAGCCUGCAAGGCCUACAUUACUAACAACGACUCCGAUUCAAUAUGGGACCAACCUCAGCAAGAUGUUGCUGACAAAAUCAAAGCUGCCAUCUUCCUGAACCAGGAAUACCAGUGGUGGUUCCAUAAAACAAAGAAGGAGUUGGAGAAGACUCCCUCGGAGAAACAGUUUGACUUCAGCGAGAUGUACAUUUUUGGGAAGUUUGACACAUUCCAGCGACGACUCAACAAGAUCCUGGAAAUGUUCGAGACGUUUUCCAACUACUCUUCUCUGCAGGACUCCAAGAUCGAAGCACUGGAGACCAUGGCCACCAGGUUUGAAACUGCAGAAAUGCAGGGGAAAUGGGAGGCCAUUGUGCACAACAUAAAGAAGAAAAAUUACAGUUUCCUUGACCAGAGAAGAACUGACUUCGAUGUUGACCACCAAGAGUUCUGCAAAAGUACAUCUGAGCUCCAUGAUCAGAUCACGAGUUUUAUGGAUCGCACCUUUGAAACAAUUCAUAACACAGAAAGAGCUAUAAAUGUGCUGAAGAAAUUUGAAAGACUGGGCAUCCCAGCACUUGGCGUCGACGAGAAGUACCUGCGCAUUCUGCAGAAUUUCGGCCAUGACAUUGAAAUGGUCUCCAGUAUCUUUGAGCAGCAGAAACUGCACCCCCCCCUUGGCCGGGACUUGCCCCCUGUGGGAGGCAGGAUCAUGUGGGUGCGGCAGCUCUACGGCAGAAUCCAGGGUCCCAUGGACAUUUUUAAACAGCAUCAUGCAGUUCUUUACACACCAGAGGCCAAAAGGAUCAUCAAGAACUUUAACAGGGUAGCAAGGGACCUUGUGAGGUUUGAGAUUUUCCACCAUGAUGUUUGGAUGCAAGAGAUGGAGCGCAACUGUGCGGGCCUGCAGGCCUCUCUGCUGGUCAGAUCUACAGACACAGGGAUGCUGUUCGUCAACUUUGACCCAGAGAUUCGGACCCAGAUCAGAGAGGCGAACUUCAUGACGAGGAUGAACCUGGACAGCCCGCCCUUCGCUGCUCUGCUACAGCAGAAGCAGGACACCCUCAAAAAGAACUAUGACAAACUACAGUUAAUGUUGACUGAGAACACCAGAGUGCGGGCUAAGAUCCACAGUGCUUUUGAACAGCUGGCCAUUCCACAUGUAGCUAAGGUGGAUGAGGCUAUACAACCAGGACUGACCUCCCUCAGCUGGAGAUCUCUGAACAUAGACAAGUACCUCAGCCGCAUCGACAAGACUUUGGUCGACCUGGAGCUGUUAAUGGACAGGGUGAACGACCUGGUGGAGUUUAGGAUAGAUGCAGUGCUGCACGAGAUGAGUAGCUCCACGCUGUGUGAGCUGCCAGAAAAGGAACCAUUCACCUGUGAGGAGUUUGUGCAGACCACCAGGGACCUCUGCAUAAGACAAGCCCACAGUCUCAACACUAAGAGCUCAAUGGUGGAGGAGGCAACUAAUGAACUGAUCAACAUGCUGAUGGAGUUCGACCACAAUCAGAGUGGGAUGGUGGAAAAAGUUGAGGAGGAGAGCAGCACCGAGGGCAAGUCCGUGGAGAACAUGGACAGUGAAGGUGACGAUGAGGGCCAGCUCUUCUCUCGAAGCACUUCACUCCCUCCUGCCAGCACUACACCCUCCUCUCCUUUGGUGAGGAAGAAGAAGAAGAGGGACCUGAUGGAAGUGAUGGAGGAAGAAGCCCAGGAGCUCCUCACCCACUUCAACCACCUCAACAUGGAUGCCUUGCUUAGACUGACACGUCACACCCUGGAGGUGCUACGCAAGCACGUCCAAUGCUCCUCACACCAGCAUUUCAACGCUGAGGAUGAAUCACCCAGUCAUGGCAAAAGCAGCAGUGAGCCGGCAAUCAUCAAAGUCAAUGCGACCCUCUCCAUCCCCAACAUUAAAAUAGUUCCAUCUCUGGAUGAGGUUCAGCAGGCUUUAAACCGGUGUGUGGAGAGCGUGGUCAGCGUCAGCAAAGGAGUCUGCCAGUGGAGCAAAGAGAGGAUCUCCAAGAGAAAGAUGAAUGAAAGACGGAUGGCGGCCCUGAAACAAGACAGUUCUGAGAGUGAAUCAGAGGACGGGGCGACAACACACCGGAGCCUGGCUGACGGCAGCACCUCAGACAUUUCAGCAUCGGUGAUUCAGGCCAUCCCCUUCCAGGCCAGAAACUACUACAAGUGUGUGUCUGAGAACAAGGACAUAGUCAAACUGAUGGCGCAUCUCAGUACCUCCAUCAUCUCCACCAAACAGGAAGUGAUGACUGCUCUGGACGGUUUUAGCCAUUACCAUCACAUCUGGAAAGAGGAUCGUGAAGACGCCAUGCAGAAAUUUGUCCAGGGCAACCCCUUGCUGUCAGAGUUUGAGAGCCAGAUUAUUUUCUAUCGAGACCUGGAGCUGGAGAUUAACUCGGAACCAGAAAUCAUUACCUUCAGAGCUGUGGCCAUAUUAACAGCGGACCUGAAGAUGUCCCUCACUGCUGAAACCAAGCACUGGAUGGUGGAUUAUGGAGUGUACUGUAACAGGAAGUAUCGCUCAGAGAUGGAGCAUAUCUUUGCCUUCGUAGAUGAAGCAGGAAAGAAACUGCAUCGAAAGAUCAAAGACCUGGAUGAUUUUCGCAUCGCCAUGGCAUCACUCAAGGAGAUCAGAGAGCACCAAAUAUCUAUUGAUUUCCAAGUUGGACCUAUUGAGGAGUCUUACGCCAUGCUUCAAAAAUAUGGGCUGUCAGUGCCAAAGGAAGAGUCGGAGAAGGUGGACACGAUGCGGUACGCCUGGGAGAAGCUGCUGUCCCUGGGCACAGACAUACAGAACGAGCUGGUGUCCCUGCAGCCAACCUUCAGAGGCGAGCUCGGCAGCAACGUAGAAACCUUCCUGGCAGACUGUCAACAAUUUUACCACGAUUAUGAGACGGACGGUCCCAUGGUGCUGGGACUCGCUCCCCAGGAUGCCAGUGACAGACUCAUCAUGUUCCAGAAUCAAUUUGACAACCUGCACAGGAAGUACAUCACUUUCACAAGUGGAGAGGAGUUGUUUGGGCUUCCUGUCACCCAGCAUCCUCAGCUGCUGGAGAUCAAGAAGCAGCUGGCUCUGCUUCAUAAGCUGUAUGGCCUUUACAACAGUGUCAUCGAGACAGUCAACAGUUACUAUGAUAUCCUCUGGGCUGACAUCCACAUUGAAAAGAUCAACAAUGAGCUGCUGGACUUUCAGGCGAGAUGUCGUAAGCUGCCUCGCGCUCUGAAGGAUUGGAAGGCCUUUUUGGACCUGAAGAAAACAAUCGAUGACUUCAGUGAGUGCUGCCCCCUGAUGGAACUCAUGACCAACAAGGCAAUGGUGGCGCGCCACUGGAAGAGACUUGCGGAGGUGACUGGACAUAUCUUUGAGGUGGAAUCCGAUACAUUCAAGCUUCGUAACAUUAUGGAGGCUCCUCUGCUCAAGUAUAAAGAGGAGAUUGAGGAUAUCUGCAUCAGUGCAGUGAAGGAGCGGGAUAUCGAGCAGAAACUGAAACAGGUGAUUGCUGAGUGGGACAACAAGACUUUGACGUUUGCCAACUUUAAGACCCGAGGAGAACUGCUGCUGAGGGGAGACAGCACAGCAGAGAUCAUUGCCAGCAUGGAGGACAGCCUGAUGGUCCUGGGGUCUCUAAUGAGCAACAGGUACAACACCCCGUUUAAACCCCAGAUCCAGAAGUGGGUUCAGAAUCUCUCCAACACCAAUGACAUCAUUGAAAACUGGGUGACUGUUCAGAACCUUUGGAUCUACCUGGAGGCUGUGUUUGUGGGGGGAGACAUCGCCAAGCAGAUGCCAAAGGAAGCAAAGCGUUUCUCCAACAUCGACAAAUCCUGGGUGAAGAUUAUGAUGCGAGCCCACGAGAUGCCCAUUGUCGUGCAGUCAUGUGUGGGAGAUGAGACCAUGGGACAGCUGCUUCCUCACCUCUUUGAACAGCUGGAGAUUUGCCAGAAGUCCCUUACAGGAUAUUUGGAGAAGAAGCGUCUACAGUUCCCUCGUUUCUUCUUUGUCUCCGACCCGGCUCUGCUCGAGAUCCUGGGCCAGGCCUCCGACUCCCACACUAUCCAGGCCCACCUUCUCAACGUCUUCGACAACAUCAAAUCUGUCCAAUUCCAUGAGAAGGUAUACGACCGUAUCCUGGCUAUAUCAUCACGGGAGGAGGAGACUGUGGAACUAGAUCGUCCUGUCAUAGCAGAGGGGAACGUGGAGGCUUGGCUCAGCGCUUUGCUGAGUGAAUCCCAGAAGUCUUUGAACUUGGUGAUCCGACAGGCUUCCCAAAACAUCCAAGAUUCCGGCUUCCAGCUCAUCGAAUUCCUAAACUCCUACCCCGCUCAGGUGGGCCUGCUAGGCAUUCAGAUGCUAUGGACAAGAGACGCUGAAGAGGCUCUGACCAACGCCAGAGCGGAUCGCCGCGUCAUGGCCAAAACCAACCAGUUCUUCCUGGACCUGCUCAACACGCUGAUUGAGACGACCACAAAAGACCUGGAGGCAGUAGAGAGGAUCAAGUACGAGACCCUCAUCACUAUUCACGUCCACCAGAGGGACAUAUUUGAUGACCUGUGCCGACUGCAUAUCAAAACCCCCGGCGACUUCGAGUGGCUGAAGCAGUGCCGUUUCUACUUCAAUGAGGACUCCGACAAGAUGGUCAUCAACAUCACAGAUGUGGUCUUCAUCUACCAGAAUGAAUUCUUGGGCUGCACUGACAGGCUUGUCAUUACGCCGCUGACUGACAGGUGCUACAUCACCAUAGCCCAGGCUCUCGGUAUGAGUAUGGGUGGAGCCCCUGCUGGUCCAGCAGGAACAGGCAAGACUGAGACCGUAAAAGAUAUGGGCCGCUGUCUGGGAAAGUACGUCGUUGUCUUCAACUGUUCCGACCAGAUGGACUUCAGAGGAUUGGGAAGGAUAUUCAAAGGUCUGGCUCAGUCUGGUUCUUGGGGCUGUUUUGAUGAGUUUAACCGCAUCGACCUCCCAGUUCUGUCGGUGGCCGCCCAGCAGAUCGCGGUCGUCCUCUCCUGCAAGAAAGAACGCCGCAAUAACUUUGACUUCACGGACGGAGAUAAUGUGAAGAUGAACCCCGAGUUUGGCCUCUUCCUUACCAUGAACCCGGGUUACGCAGGUCGCCAGGAGCUGCCUGAGAACCUGAAGAUCAACUUCCGCACCGUGGCCAUGAUGGUUCCUGACCGUCAGAUCAUUAUCAGGGUAAAACUGGCCAGUUGUGGGUUUAAAGACAACAUGGAGCUGGCCCGCAAGUUCUUCACCCUUUACAAGCUGUGUGAGGAGCAACUCUCCAAACAGGUUCACUAUGACUUUGGCCUACGGAACAUCUUGUCGGUGCUGAGAACACUGGGAGCAUCCAAGCGAGCCAAUCCCACUGACACGGAGUCCACCAUCGUCAUGAGGGUCCUCAGGGACAUGAAUCUCUCCAAACUGAUCGAUGAGGACGAGCCGCUCUUCCUGAGCUUGAUUGACGACCUCUUCCCAAGCAUCCAACUUGAUAAAGCAGGCUACCCCGAACUAGAGACCAUCAUCGACAGACUGGUUGAGGAAGCAGGUCUGAUCAGUCACCCUCCCUGGAAGCUGAAGAUAAUCCAGCUGUAUGAGACUCAGACGGUCCGACACGGCAUGAUGGCCCUGGGGCCCAGUGGGGCUGGAAAGACCACUUGCAUACACACGUUGAUGAGAGCUUUGACAGAAUGUGGUCAGGCUCACAAAGAGAUGCGCAUGAACCCCAAAGCCAUCACAGCCCCCCAGAUGUUUGGUCGACUGGAUGUGGCCACAAAUGACUGGACUGAUGGCAUCUUCUCCACACUUUGGAGGAAAACCCUGAAAGGAAAGAAAGCCGAGCACAUCUGGAUUGUCCUGGAUGGGCCGGUCGAUGCCAUCUGGAUCGAGAACCUGAACUCAGUGUUGGAUGACAACAAAACUCUCACACUGGCGAAUGGAGAUCGUAUACCCAUGGCUCCCAACUGCAAAGUGGUUUUCGAGCCACAUAAUAUCGACAACGCGUCUCCAGCUACUGUCUCUCGUAACGGCAUGGUGUUCAUGAGCUCCUCUGUGCUCAACUGGAGCCCUAUACUGGAGGGCUGGUUGAUGAAACGCUCCUACCAGGAGGCAGAGGUGCUGAGGGAGCUCUUCUCUAACUCUUUCUCGGCGCUCUACUCCUACACCGUGCAGUCGCUGGAGUCCAAGAUGGACAUGCUGGAGGCCUUUGUCAUCAUGCAGUGCAUCAACAUGCUGCAGGGACUCAUACCAUCUAAGGAGCAUACUGGUGACUUAUCCACUGAGCACUUGGAGCGGCUGUACGUGUUCGCCCUGAUCUGGAGCACUGGAGCCCUGCUCGAACUGGAAGACAGGAAGAAGAUGGAGAUCUGGAUCAGAAGUAACAAGAGAAUCCAUCUAAAUUUGCCAGACAUUCCUGAUGACAGCGAGAACAUCAUGUUCGACUACCACGUCCAAUCAGAUGGUGAGUGGACCCACUGGAGCAGCAAAGUGGAGGAAUACAUUUAUCCAUCUGACAUGACACCAGAGUACAGCUCCAUCUUGGUCCCCAAUGUGGACAAUGUCAGAACAGACUUCCUGAUUCAGACCAUCGCCAUGCAGGGCAAGGCCGUUUUGCUGAUUGGAGAGCAAGGAACAGCCAAGACAGUUAUGAUCAAGGGCUACAUGUCAAAAUAUGAUCCUGAGUGCCACAUGGGCAAGAGCCUCAACUUCUCUUCUGCUACGACACCGCUCAUGUUCCAGAGGACAGUCGAGAGCUAUGUGGACAAAAGGAUGGGGACCACUUAUGGACCCCCAGCUGGGAGGAAAAUGACCGUUUGCAUAGAUGAUAUCAACAUGCCCGUCAUCAACGAGUGGGGAGAUCAGGUGACGAAUGAGAUUGUCCGGCAGCUGAUGGAGCAGAAUGGAUUCUACAAUCUGGAGAAACCGGGAGAGUUCACCAAUAUUGUAGAUAUUCAGUUCCUGGCAGCUAUGAUCCAUCCAGGUGGAGGCCGGAAUGACAUCCCACAGAGACUGAAGAGGCAGUUCUCAGUCUUUAACUGUACUCUGCCCUCCAAUUCGUCCAUAGACAAGAUAUUUGGUGUGAUUGGCGAGGGCCACUUCUGCGCUCAACGUGGUUUCACCGAGGUGGUACAGAGCACCGUGCCCUACCUUGUGUCUCUGACCCGCCAGCUCUGGCAGUUGACCAAGAUCAAGAUGCUCCCAACACCUGCUAAGUUCCACUACAUCUUCAACCUGAGGGACCUGUCCAGGGUCUGGCAAGGCAUGCUCAACACCACCUCCGAAGUGGUCAACACUGUCUCGGUGUUGAUGGAGCUGUGGAAGCACGAGUGCAAACGAGUGGUCUCUGACAGAUUUACCUUGCCGGAGGACGUGGUGUGGUUCGACCAGUCUCUGGCAAAGCUGGUGGAGGAGGAGCUUGGCGAGGAGCACAAGAAAAUGGUGGACUAUGAAGUAGACAGUUACUUUGUCGACUUCCUCCAAGAUGCACCCGAACCUACAGGGGAGGAGCCAGAGGGUACAGACUUUGAUAUGCCAAAGUUGUAUGAGCCUAUUGAAUCAUAUGAGAGUUUAAAGGAGCGUCUGAACAUGUUCCUGGGCCUUUACAAUGAGAGCGUCAGGGGCACUGGCAUGGACAUGGUCUUCUUUCAGGAUGCUAUGAUACAUCUGGUCAAGGUGUCACGGAUAAUUCGGACUCCUGGAGGUAACGCCUUGUUGGUGGGCGUCGGGGGCUCAGGCAAACAGAGCCUGACCAGACUGGCCUCAUUCAUCGCUGGAUACAAGAUCUUCCAGAUCACACUGUCACGGUCAUACAACACAGCCAACUUGAUGGAGGACUUGAAGGGUUUAUACAGAAUAGCUGGCCAGAAUGGGGAAGGCAUCACCUUCGUCUUUACCGACAACGAAAUCAAAGACGAGUCCUUCCUGGAGUACAUGAACAACGUCCUGUCAUCUGGAGAGGUGUCCAACUUGUUUGCCCGAGAUGAGAUUGACGAGAUCCUCGGCGAGCUCUUCCCUAGUAUGAAGCGAGAGUUUCCCAAGCGACCGCCGACCAAUGAAAACCUGUACGAGUAUUUCAUGUCCCGGGUCAGACAAAAUCUGCAUGUUGUGCUGUGCUUCUCGCCUGUUGGAGAAAAGUUCCGAAACCGGGCGUUGAAGUUUCCAGCACUGAUAUCCGGCUGCAUCAUGGACUGGUUCAGCCGCUGGCCGAAGGAUGCUCUUGUUGCAGUUUCGGAGCACUUCCUGUCUAGCUAUGACAUCAAGUGCUCAACCCAGGUCAAAAGUGAAGUAGUCCAGUGUAUGGGCUCCUUCCAGGAUGGUGUAGCAGAGAAAUGUGUGGAAUACUUCCAAAGAUAUCGGCGCGCCACCCAUGUCACACCCAAGUCCUACCUGUCCUUCAUUCAAGGCUACAAGACCAUCUAUAAGGGGAAGUUGACUGAUGUCCAGACCCUUGCCAACAGGAUGAAUACUGGUCUCCAGAAGCUGUUGGAGGCAUCAGAGUCAGUGGCAAUACUCAGCAAGGAGCUGGAGGUGAAGGAGAAGGAGCUGCAGGUCGCCAAUGACAAGGCUGACAUGGUGUUGAAGGAGGUGACAGUAAAAGCCGAAGCAGCAGAGAUAGUGAAGAAGGAGGUGCAGAAAGUGAAGGACGUGGCCCAGGCCAUCGUUGACAGCAUCUGUGCUGACAAGGCCAUCGCUGAGAGGAAACUUGAAGCUGCCGAGCCGGCUCUUGCGGAGGCUGAGACUGCACUGCAGACGAUCAAACCAGCAGACAUCGCCACUGUCCGAACACUUGGCCGCCCGCCCCACCUCAUCAUGCGGAUCAUGGACUGCGUGCUGCUGCUCUUCCGGCGGCGGAUCAACCCAGUGAAGAUCGACCCAGAGAAGGGCUGCCUCACGCCGUCCUGGCAGGAGUCACUGAAACUUAUGACAGCUGGAAACUUCGUGAGCAAUCUGCAGCAAUUUGCCAAAGAUAGCAUUAAUGAGGAGAUGGUGGAGCUGCUGCUUCCUUAUUUCGACAUGCCCGACUACACCCUCGAAACAGCCAAGAGGGUGUGCGGCAAUGUGGCUGGCCUCGCAUCCUGGACAAAAGCCAUGGCCUCCUUCUUCUCCAUCAACAAGGAGGUCUUACCCUUGAAGGCAAACUUGGCAGUGCAGGAGCGUCGUCUGAUCUCAGCUAAUACGGACCUGCAGAAGGCUCAGGCUGAGCUGGAUGCCAAGCAGGCAGAGCUGGAUUUGGUGACGGCAAUGUAUGAGAAUGCCAUGGCGGAGAAACAGACACUGCUGGAGGACGCUGAUCGAUGCAGACGCAAGAUGCAGACGGCGUCCACUCUCAUUAGUGGCCUUGGCGGCGAGAAAGAGCGAUGGACAGAGCAGAGCAAAGAGUUCGCUGCACAAAUCACACGCCUUGUUGGCGAUGUUCUUCUAGCCACAGCGUUCCUCUCUUACUCCGGCCCCUUCAAUCAAGAGUUUCGUAAUCUGUUACUGAACGACUGGCAGCAGGAGUUGAAGCAGCGUCACAUCCCAUAUGACGACAAUCUCAAUCUGACUGAGCUGCUCAUCGACGCACCAACUGUUACUGAGUGGAACCUGCAGGGUCUCCCCAGUGAUGACCUUUCCAUUCAGAACGGCAUCAUUGUCACCAAAGCCACACGUUUCCCGCUCCUCAUCGACCCACAGACGCAGGGAAAAACCUGGAUCAAGAACAAGGAGGCCAGGAAUGAGUUGCAGAUCACCUCAUUGAACCACAAGUACUUCAGGACCCACCUGGAGGACAGUUUGUCUCUUGGGCGCCCUCUUUUGAUUGAGGAUGUUGGGGAGGAGCUGGACCCAGCACUCGACAACGUCCUUGAGAAAAACUUCAUCAAAUCCGGCUCCACUUACAAGGUGAAAGUGGGAGACAAAGAGGUGGACGUGAUGAGCGAUUUCAGGUUAUAUGUCACCAGCAAGCUGCCCAACCCGGCGUACACCCCCGAAAUCAGUGCUCGUACCUCCAUUAUUGACUUCACCGUCACCAUGAAAGGGCUGGAGGACCAGCUCCUAGGCAGAGUCAUCCUCACAGAAAAACAGGAACUGGAGAAGGAGAGGACAGACCUGUUGGAGGAUGUGACAUCUAACAAGAGAAAGAUGAAGGAGCUGGAGGACAACCUCCUCUACCGACUGACCAGCACACAGGGUUCACUGGUGGAUGACGAAAGUCUGAUUGUUGUCCUCAACAACACCAAACAAACAGCUGAAGAAGUCAAUCAGAAAUUACAGAUUGCUGCCGAGACUGAGAUUCAGAUCAACGCUGCCAGGGAGGAGUACCGACCUGUGGCCACCAGGGGCAGCAUCCUGUACUUCUUGAUCACUGAAAUGAGCAUGGUGAAUGUCAUGUACCAGACAUCUCUAAAACAGUUCCUGGGAAUCUUUGACCGUUCUCUGGCGAGGUCCACCAAAAGCCCCAUCACCAAUAAACGCAUCAGCAACAUCAUAGAGUACAUGACCUUUGAGGUGUUUAAGUACGCAGCACGGGGGCUGUACGAAGAGCACAAGUUCCUCUUCACGUUGCUGCUGACGCUGAAGAUCGACAUGCAGAGCAACAGGGUCAAACACGAGGAGUUCCUCACGCUCAUUAAAGGAGGUGCAUCUCUGGACCUGAAGGGUUGUCCACAGAAACCAGCUAAAUGGAUCCUUGAUAUGACCUGGCUCAACCUCGUGGAGCUCAGCAAAAUGUGGCAGUUCACUGAAAUAUUGUCUCAGAUCAGUCGAAAUGAGAAGCAGUGGAAGUUGUGGUUCGAUAAAGAGGCCCCGGAGGAGGAGGUGAUACCGAACUCCUACGACGAGUCCAUCGACACUUUUAGACGCCUGCUCCUCAUUCGCUGCUGGUGUCCUGACAGGACCAUCGCACAGGCCCGUAAAUACAUAUCGAGUGCAAUGGGGGAGAGGUACACUGAAGGGGUGAUUCUCGACGUGGAGAAGACGUGGGAGGAAUCCGAGCCGCGAACACCUCUCAUCUGCUUCCUGUCGAUGGGCUCUGAUCCGACCGACUCUAUCAUCGCACUGGGGAAGAGGAUGAAGAUUGAGACCCGAUACGUCUCCAUGGGACAGGGGCAAGAGGUCCAUUCCCGUAAACUUCUGCAGCAGACCAUGUCUAAUGGCGGCUGGGCCUUACUCCAGAACUGCCACUUGGGUCUCGACUUCAUGGACGAGCUCAUGGACACGGUGACGGAGACGGAAGUCGUACACGACGGCUUCCGUCUUUGGAUCACCACAGAGGCCCACCCAAACUUCCCCAUUGCCCUUCUGCAGAUGUCCAUCAAGUUCACCAGCGAGCCGCCACAGGGCCUGAAAACUGGGCUGAAACGGACGUAUGGAGGUAUAAAUCAGGACAUGUUGGACGUCAGUAACAUGGUGCAGUGGAAGCCGAUGCUCUACGGAUUGGCGUUUCUCCACAGCACAGUACAAGAGAGGAGGAAGUAUGGACCUCUGGGAUGGAACAUCCCCUACGAGUUCAACCAGGCUGACUUCAAUGCCACGGUGCAGUUUGUUCAGAACCACCUUGAUGACAUGGACGUUAAAAAGGGUGUAUCAUGGAACACGGUGCGAUACAUGAUCGGAGAGAUUCAGUACGGUGGCCGUGUGACCGACGACUAUGACAAGCGCCUCCUCAACACCUUCGCCAAGGUGUGGUUCAGCGAGGACAUGUUCGGACCCACCUUCAUCUUCUACAAGGGCUACAGCAUCGCGCAGUGCACCAGCGUUGACCAGUAUCUGACAUACAUUCAGGCCCUGCCAUCCAAUGAUACUCCGGAGGUGUUCGGUCUCCACCCGAACGCAGACAUAACCUACCAGAGUAAACUGGCUAAGGACGUUCUGGACCUCAUCCUCAGUAUUCAGCCUAAGGACAGCUCGUCAGGCGGAGGGGAGACCAGAGAGUCCGUGGUGUCCAGGCUGGCUGAUGACAUGCUGGAGAAACUGCCUCCUGACUAUGAUCCUUUUGAAGUGAAAGAACGUCUGAAGAAGUUGGGUCCCUUCCAGCCCAUGAACAUCUUCCUGCGUCAGGAGAUCGAUCGAAUGCAGACGGUCAUAGCUCUGGUGCGAACGACCCUCACGGACCUCAAGUUGGCCAUCGACGGGACCAUCAUCAUGAGCGAGAACCUGCGGGACGCCCUGGACUGCAUGUAUGACGCACGCAUUCCCGAACGCUGGAAUAAGUCGUCGUGGGCCUCCAGCACCCUGGGGUUCUGGUUCACGGAGUUGCUUGAGCGGAACCGGCAGUUCCAGUCGUGGAUCUUUGAAGGGCGGCCCAAUUGCUUCUGGAUGACAGGCUUCUUCAACCCGCAGGGCUUUCUGACAGCCAUGAAACAGGAAAUCACGCGGGCACACAAGGGCUGGGCCCUGGACCGCAUGGUGCUGAGCAACGAGGUGACCAAGUCGAUGAAAGACGACAUCAACCAACCUCCCGUAGAGGGAGUGUACGUCUACGGCCUUUACCUGGAGGGAGCCGGCUGGGACCGCCGCAACUGCAAACUCAUCGACUCCAAACUCAAAGUGCUCUUUGAGAUGAUGCCUGUGAUAAGGAUUUAUGCCGAGAACAACGCUGUGAAGGACCCCAGCCUGUACUCAUGUCCGAUCUACAAGAAGCCAGUCAGAACUGAUAGAAACUACAUUGCAGCUGUGGAUCUGAAGACUCCGGUCUCCCCUGACCACUGGGUCCUCCGGGGCGUGGCACUGCUCUGUGACAUCAAAUGAAUACGCUGACCCACUAGUUCGCCGCUAUUUAUUUUCUUCCACCAGUUGUGGAAUGAUUGGCGUUCAAAUGUCAGUUGAAUGGGACAUGGUUAAUAUGAGCCCUCCUUUUUGCUUUAACCUGGUUUAUAAAGUGCCUGAAUAACAUGUUCCUCUGCAACAAAUGUCAGUUGAGUUUAGUUCAAGUUUUUUUAUAU